AUGUUGAACCUGAUCAACAUUGGCUUUGAGCACUCCGUCAUGGUCUCCAUUGACAAUCACAAGCUAACUGUAGUUGCGAACAAUGGUGGCUUCGUAACUCCCGAAGAAGCCGAUGCUGUCUACGUGCCCAGCGCUGGAAGGCUCACCGUUUUGGUGAGCCUGAAGGCGGAUCCUGGAGACUAUGCCAUGCGCAUCUCAUCCACGAGUCAGAUGCAGAACCUGCAAGCCUAUUCAAUCUUGAGAUACCCAGCUAGCCGCAGACCUAUCUAUGGCGAGCCGAUGAAGGUUCCACAGCCAGCUUCAACCGACGAUAUCUGUGUUCUGCCCGAUGGUUCCACAAACCAGGGUUGUAAAGCUGUUGAUGGCCAGUUUCUACCGCCGUACCCUGCCACGCCGCCUCCUUCGGCCAAGAGUUUGCAUCCAGAGACAGCAGACUUCACCUUCCAUCUCGCUGCCGGAUCUCAAGCUUCGCCCACGGAGGCUCAUGUGCCGGAAUUCUACCUCAACGAGAAGCCUUGGCAGUUAUUCCGCUCAUCUUUGAUGCCUCUUCUAUUCCACGCAGCCAACGAAUCUAGUUCCCUAGGGUCUCUUGGAAAGCCCAUCAUCGAAGGUAUUCCAAUGGGUUCCGUCGUUGAUCUCAUCAUCGAGAACAACCUGAACGACACGGUGCCACUCUACAAGCAUGCCGAUCCCGCUUGGUUGCUUGGCGCGCAGCCGAAUGCGAGGUUCUCGCAGAAGAGUGUGGAGGAGGCUCUCGUAGGUCGCAAUCACUUGUUUAAGUCUCUCAACCUCAAGGACCCUGCUCUCGUCACAGUCCACGACCUCCCUCCCCUGGGAUGGAGUGUUUUACGAUUCAAGGUAACCGCGAAGGCCGCUACUAUGAUUCAUGCCGUGAAGCUUAGAUAUUUCGCGCUGGGCAUGUCUGCGCCGAUCAUGGAGGGCAUCCUGAGCAGUGACCCCGCAGAGUUUCCCGAAUCAGCUGUCAAUCGCCCACAUGUGGAAUUCGAGCCGAAGAAUGAUGGCGUAUUUGGCUAG